AUGGUACUAAUAGUCUUCUCGCGGCACAGGAUAUCUUGGUCUCGUGCCACCGCACUGUUUCUUCCUUUACCGACAUGGGUUCCAGCUGUCGCAACCCUCUUAUCCCCGAUUACAGUGCUCACGCUGAUAGCGACGCAAAUUUUAUCUGCACGUGUGAACAACGAGACAGCUCGCAAUUAUCGAUGGACCACGAUAUCUAGCAUACUCGACCAGGUUCAAACGGUCAUAUCGAUCAUCGUGGCUACAGUAGCACUUGUGUACCUCUUUCCCGACAGGAUUCUCUCAUGUAACCUAAAUGAACAAUGGCAAGAGUUCUUCCAGUCAAAGAAUUCUCAGGCCAUCCGGUCAAUCCAAGACGAAUUCCGAUGUUGUGGUCUUCGAAGUCUUCACGAUAGGGCAUGGCCUUUCAAGGACCGGAACCAUGGUGACAAUGCAUGUGAAUUGCAACUAGGAUAUCGGAGAAGUUGCUCUGCCCCUUGGAGAGAGCACCAGCAGCUUACGUCUUGGAUGGUUUUUGCGGCGGUUGUUUUUGUUUUCGCGGCGAAGGUGGGGUUUACCUCGUGCCAGUUACCACAGUGA